UCCAUCUCAUCACUUCAUCUGGUCUACAGACUGGACGCACCAUCUCACGCUCCGGGAAUGGGAUCUUCACUGGGUUCAAAGAAAAACUUCGAGUUCUUUCGAGUUUACGCCCUCCAGAAGCUACUUUUCAAACUGCAGGGAUAGUUGUUACUGCAGGUGCAGGGUGACAGAAACAAAGAGUCACUGGCCAAUGACUUCCAAGACGCACCAGAAGUUAUCAGGGAGUUUCAGACGCUAGAAAUCAGUUUAACACCAUGAAGUGGACUCUCUAAAUUUGAUGACUAUGAGAUUCUUGUAAUUUCAGACCACAGUAACUUCAGCCGGGUCGUGCGUAAAAUAUCUGUGCGUAAAGUUGGAGCUGUUGCUCGCGGAUCAAAUUUAAUUCGAGUGGGGAAGCUAAUGCGAGAACGUGUAAGACAACAGAUUUUUAAUAUUUAAAUCGGUGAAAACUUUUACUACCUUGACAGCCAUGGCAAAAUGGUUCAGAGAUUUCCCCAUCAACCUGAAGAACGGAAAUGAAAGGGUCCGUUCGGCCUCUGAAUCUGGUCCACAAACUCGACCCAAACCCUCGUUUUCUCGUGACAGUCUGAAAGGAAAUCAGCGCAAAGAUGGGGGAGUGGGGGGUUUAUUGGCAGGGAGAAACAGGAAAAAUUCGGCUACAGAAUUGGGUCGUAACAACGCUGGUUCUAUUGGGACAGUCUGGGAUAGUCUCACAACUGGAAAAAGUCGCAAGAACUCCAAGGUCGAGACUGGGGCAUCAGAUGAGAACCGCCAGGUCAGGACCUCUAGUUUGGCGCAAGCAUACAUCAGCAGGAUGAUCAAAGUGGAUAAACACGACAAGACCCCCAAACUCAACGGGAUAAGUGAACAGCAGCCCGAAAACGAAAAGGGAAGGUCUGACAUUAAAACAACGCUGAUUAUCCUGGAGGACUACGCAGAUCCUUUUGAUGCAGAGAAAACCAAGGAGCAGAGAGAGGCUGAGAGAGCAGGAGUGAAUGAUGGGUACAUGGAGCCCUAUGAUGCCCAGGUCAUCAUCACAGAGGUUCGUAGACAGGGCUCCAAAGACCUCCUGAAAGUGUGUGUUCUGCUGGACCGAGGCCAGAGAGAGGGGAAGGGAGAAGAGGGAAAGCCAAUGCCCCCAAAUAUCUACGACACACCAUAUGAGGGCGGGCUAGAAGGUGACAGUGGGGGUGUGUGGAUCCCUGUCACACGGCCAGAGUCUGACGUCCGUCCCGCUGGAGAGUACGAACUGCCCUGGGAGUGGAGAAAGGAGGACAUUGUUAGAGCGCUGUCAGCUCAGUUCGAGGCAGUGGAUUGUUCUCCCAGUAAAGUGAAUGGUUCAACCUCUGGCCGCCAGCAGCAGCAGCAGCAGCAACAACACACCCUGAGGCUGAAGAACUGGAACAAUAAAACACUCGUACCAUCUUCUCCAUCCUCCUCCUCUUCUCCCUCCUUUCCCUCCUCUCCUAUUCUCAAACUCUCCCCUCUCACACCCCCAUCUCCCUCUUUCCCCACCCUCAAACUCUCACCACUCUCACCCUCUUCUAGUCCAAACAAACUUUCCCCUCCGUCUCCUACCUCCCCCAGUGCCCCACUGGAUGGGGAGGCAGCCAAAGUGGACCCCAGCCUGCCCCUGGAGAAGCAGAGCUGGUACCAUGGCAGUGUGAGUCGGCAGCAGGCUGAGGCUCAGCUGCAGCGCUGCAGGGAAGCCAGCUUCCUGGUGAGAGACAGCGAAUCAGGAACCAGCAAGUACUCCAUCGCUCUGAAGACCAGUCAGAGUUGUGUGCACAUCAUUGUGGCCCAGACUAAGAGCGUUAAGGGCUUGGGCUUCACCCUGGAUCAGAGUAGCUGCAUCUUCUCCAGUAUCCCUGAGCUGGUCCACCACUACUGCACACACAGGCUGCCUUUCACUGGAGCAGAGCACAUGACCCUGCAGCAUCCUGUGCCCAGGCCACACUGAACAUGCAAACACACUGGGACUUACACACGCACAGAGACAUGUAUUACACAUUUAUGCACAAAUGCACACAGACACAUAUACUUGUUAAUACAUACACACAUACCCAAAGAUAUGCUGCUUUGGAUUGUCCUGUGUACUACCUUAAUAAGUUUCUAUGUUUGUAUCGCUUCCAGGUGCCACCUAGUGGUCAAAGUCAUAGAUUACAUAACCACUUAUCACAUUGUUAUAGUGCUAAUUGUUCCAAAACUAAAAUCCACAAAACACACAUACACACAAGUUCUAUUGAAUGCACUUAUAGUUACAGGAUCCCUUCUUCCACAGCCUGGUGUAUUUGCCCCAUUGUCUUGUCCAUUGUCCCUACAGACCAUAUUCAGUACCAUGUAAACCAAAUAGAUUUGUGUAAUACCUGAAACAAUGCACCUAAAGCAAUGCACUUACUAUAACCAAUCAGAUAUUUGAAGUAAGUGGAGAGGUUUAUAAUCUCCUCAUGAAAUAAAAAGAGGUGCUGGCAUCAUCAAUUAGCACCAUCCAUGCCAUCCAGUUAGGCUUUGUCUGUGAGAUCAAUACACCUUAUUGGAGUACAUUCAUUCAUCCAUUUGACAUGUCAAUCAGCCUAUUGAUCUAUCCUGAGAAUCAGCUUUAUUGAUUAGAUGAUUAGAAUUAGUAUAGUGGGAGGGGUCUGAUAACAUUACAGUGUUACCCUUUCAGCAAAAUAGUUUGAGUGUGUGUAAGUGUGCAAAAUAAAAAUGUGAAUAUCAUCCAUUCCCAUGCCUUCACUGUAAUCUAAAUAAGGUUGUCAUGAUUAAAAAGAUAUCUUACUUUAUUGCGAAUGACCUGCUUACCCUAAAAUGUACCUUUGCAUAAAUGAUGUGUGCAUGAAGUGAUUGUUGGAUAUUGUCAGAUUUUUUUACACCAACCACACACUGAUGUGAGCUGUAUGUAAGACUUUUAUUCAGAAAAUAAAAUAAAAUUCAUAUCAA